GAGAAAAAACAAACCAAUUAAGCACUACAUAGUUUCAAAUUCAAUGUCUCUUUCUUUGAUUUCUGAUUCGAUUCGUCAUCUUAUCUGCGCCGAUCUUCGUCUCCUCCGUCAAUCUCCGUCGCGGUCAUUUUCUCUCUCUUUCCGUAGUAAGCAGUUCUCUAUCCACCAGUUAUCUCAGAUCUCACGCUCGAUCAAAGUCACGGCAAGAGGAGACGGCGCUAUGGAGACGACGACGGCGGAGGAGACAGUUUCAGGCGGUGUUCCUAACAACACGAUGAAGCUAUUGUUCGUUGAGAUGGGUGUAGGUUACGAUCAGCACGGGUUCGAUUCCUGGAGUUUCAUUUGGGGAAAUGAAGUUGCAGAUAAAGCUUGGAGUGCCUCGUUCUCUUCAUCACCAACUUGAUCUCGACAAGGUUAAGUCUAUCUUCCCAUACGGGAAGAUUGUUAAUGUGGAAGUGGUGGAUGGAGGACUGAUUUGCUCGAGCGGCGUUCUAGUCGAAGAAAUGGGUGAUAAAAACGAAGAUUGCUACAUAGUGAAUGUCGCAGUUUACGUUGGCUACUAGUCUCUUCUUCCUUGUGUGUGUCUGUUUGAUCCCGAGCCGACUUCAUCCUCGUCGUAGAACAUUGCAGUCACUUUUAGUUGUAUAUUUUUGAUGUCCAAACCAAUUUGGCUUAGGCUUUGCAUCAACAAUAUCUCAUAUUUUUCUGUUAAAAACAUGGCUUAUGAGAAAAAAUGUUACACACUCUUUCGUA